GGGCACGUGCCGUGGCAGGGAUGGGCUGAUGUGCCCCCAUGGCUAGCAAUGGGCACUGGGGACCUCACUGCUUUUCCUGCCUCAGGUCUGGACGAGAGGCUGCAGCAGUAUCCCUGGGAGGCAUGGACCCUGACUGGGCAGGACUUGCUGUGCCUGUCCCACCGCAACCUGGAGAGCCUGGGCGUGCAGUGCAUGGGCCACCAGGAGCUGCUGCUGGAGGCCGUGGAGCAGCUCUGUGCGCUGUACUACGAGCUGGAGACCACCAACCUGCGAACACUGACAAUGAAGCUGCGGCGGGUGGCUCGGACCAUCCAGGCCCUCGUCCUGAGCAGCCAGAGGGUGACCGCCUAUGCUGGGGACGCGGCCGAGCCCCCCUGUCUGGACCUCCUGACCAGCGUGGUGGAGCUGGUCGGCGCAGCUAAGGGGCUCUUCUCGUGGCUCAACAGGUACCUCUUCACCCACCUGCACGACUAUUCCUCCAGCCGGGACAUCAUCCCCCUCUGCGCGGAGCUGGCCGAGGCCGUUCGAAAGGACUGCAGAGUGUCCGAGAGAGAGAGCCAGGUUCUGUUGAUCUGCAGGCACGUCGUGGGGAUCUGCGAGAACAUCCUGAGCUGCAGCCCCACGUCUCUCCUGGACCGGACGGCCGUGCUGGAGAGCGUGGAGCUGCAGCCGGCGCUGCCCGACGACAGUCUGGGCAUCGAGAUCAAGUCCACCAGCUCCGGCCUUCACUUCAUCUCGGGAACCGCCAGCGAGUCUCCAGCCGAGCACUGCAGCCAGAUCCUGCCGGGGGAUGAGCUAGUGCAAGUGGACGACCAGGUGGUGGUGGGCUGGACCCGGGUGAAUCUGGCUAAGAAACUCCUCGAAAAGCCGAGCCAGGUGACUUUGGUGCUGAAGAGGAUCCCCCUUAGCUUCCUGGGGUCCCCCAGGUCUCCUCCAUACCAGGCCCUGGAAAGCUUCUCCGACGCGGCAGACUCUUGGGGCUCCAAAAGCAAUGACUCCCCCGGCACCCCGGUCUGCCUGCCCUGCAGCGUGACGGCCGACCAGGAGCCGGGGCCAGACUCUGCGCCGGGAACCACUGCUGACGACGAGGAAGGGCUGGCCCUGCCCCACCCGGAAGAGGACGCAGGGGACCUUGUCGGGGGCCCAGGUGAGGAAGGAACAUCUGUGGCAGAGAGCACAGCUGUGGGGACGGACCUGGAGGGUCCCCUCUCCCCAGCCAGACCCAGCACUUUGGCCCUGGACCUGGGGCCACCUGGAUCCCCAGGGAACAGAAGUGGAGGCAGGAGUCCGGGCCUCGAACCCUCUGACAAGCCAAGCCAGGGCAGCCCGGAGGGUCGCCGCAAGCAGAAAGGAGUGGCGACCAGGCUGAGCCGCCGGCGGGUCUCGUGCCGGGACCUGGGCCGGGUGGACUGUGACGGCUGGCUCCUGAAGAAGAAGGACCACGCAGGCUUCAUGGCCCAGAAGUGGAAGCGGUGCUGGUUCGUGCUCAAGGGCCAUGCACUCUACUGGUACAACCACCCCCAGGACGAGAAAGCUGCGGGCCUGAUCAAUGUGGCCACUUACAACUUGGAAAGCACGAGGGAGCUGAAAAAAAAAUAUGUCUUCCAGCUGUCCCACGAGAAGUACAAGCCCUUCGUGUUUGCGGCCGAGACCCUGUCAGACCUGAGCAUGUGGGUGAGUCGUCUGAUAGCUGCCAAGACCAAAUACAACCUGGCUCACCAGUCGCUACCGCACAGAGAGGAAGACUGCUACAGCGAGACGGAGGCUGAGGACCCCGACGAUGACUCCCCCAGGCCCAGCUCUGAGCCACCAAAGCGCCGGGAGCUGCAGCGCACCCCGGAGAGACCCCAGCCCCUCCCAGCAGUGCGGAGCAGCAGCAGCUCCCCCAGGCCGGCGGGGAGCCCUCUGGGCAGCCCCAGCAGCACCGCACCCCGCUCCCCCCUGGGGGCUUCCCCCUCUGCACCCAGUGCAGGUGCUGCUAAUGAAGACCUGGAGUCCCUGAUCGAGUGUCUGAAGCAAGGCGGUGUGUCGCUGAUUGGCCGGCAGCAGUUCCUCACCCACGAGCAGUACCGCCGGUCCUUCAUCAAGCGCAACGCCAACCCCCACAUCAACGAGAAGGUGCACCUGAUCCGGGCUCUGCAGAGCACGCUCAAGGCGAAAGAAGCCGAGCUGCAGGUCCUGGACCAGCUCCUGGGCGACGCGGCGCUGACUUCGGAGAAGUUCCAGACCUGGAAGGAAGAGCACCAGGAGGUCUACCAGGAGAUCCAGGCACACGGGCUUGGCCAGGAUGAAGGCACUGAAGUCCAGCUCGGUGACGAACCCAGCUCGCAGGAAGCCGCUGCUGCAGCAACCCCCUAACACGGACACUGGGCAGAUCCGGGGUGAUGCCAGCCCCUUCAGGAACCGCCUGCAGACCUUGCC